GAACGCAGCUCAAUACGUGUCAAUGGAAAAACUCAAGUUAACCUAACCUAAGAAUAAGCUUACGUCCCUUAUAAAAGCUAACGUGGAGGGAAAAUAGAACUUGUGUUCGCAAAAAUCGCUCUGACGGUUACUGGGCACGUUAAAAAAAAUAAAAAAAAAAAAAUAAAACACGUCCCUUACGAGGAGUAACUAAAUUUUUAUAUUCUCUUCCUACUGGUGAUUUUUAAUUAAAUUAUGUUUUUUAUUAAUGUUGAUAUUACAACACACGGAUAAUAUACCAUUGUUUACUAGAAUUUAGAAGAAAAUAUAUUAAGACAAAUUUCUUUUUGUCAUUUCAUCUUUUGAAAUUUAUAUUGUGAGAUACAAAGUAAUCAAACAUAGGGAGCAACAUGUUUAGAGAUACUCAAAAAAUUAUUGUGGAAGAUGAGCUUGCUCCAGCUGCAUCAUUUGUUAUAAAUGUUAGAAUGGAAAAUCUUUUGGAUAAAUUAAAAUUAUUAAAUUAUGAUGCAGAAUUUGUGCAAACUUUAAAAAUGAAACCAAUAAGCAGGCAUUACUUUAUAAUCCCAACAAAUUCUGGUGAGCAGUUUUACACAUUUACUUGUCUGGCUGCAUGGUUGAUUAGGAAGUGUAGAAAAAAUUUUGAGAUGCCUCAGGAAUCUGAUGAUCCUAAUUCAACAAUAGCAUUAAUCUUGGAUUAUCUCAGGGAAAGUAAUAUAACUGUAGAAUUUCCACCCAAUAAACUUAAACAGGGUAUUGGCGAACAUGCAGUAUAUGUUUUAGAUAAUUUGGUUGAUAAUGCUUUAAAAGUGGAAAACUUCAAGUUAGAAAGAGGAACCAUUCCACCUGACGAGCCUACACCAGAACCAGAUAUUGAAGAUGAUGAUGCUGAAUUAAUUUUAGAGAAAGUGGAAGAAGAAAUGAUGGCUGAUUACGAUGAUGAUGAUCAAGAUAUUUUACACAUAGACGAUAUUACAAGACUUUAUAGUCAAAAUCUUUCCGUAACGCAAAAACCAGAAAAUAUUUUGGAAUCUAAAACUAACAGAGAUGAGUGGCAAUUAGAGUUGGAAAAAGUCUUACCUCGAUUAAAAGUGACUGUUAAGACAGAUUUAAGAGACUGGAGAGCCCAUCUUGAACAAAUGAAGCAAUUGCGUGCAAAUAUUGCGACCGAUAUGAGUAGUACAAAAAUACAUUUAAAUAAAAUUUAUAGUGAUAUUAGCAAUACUUUAGAUAAAAUCAAAACAAGGGAAACUUAUCUUAAUAGACAACUUGAGUCUUCUUUAACAAAGUAUCGAUUAUUGCAGGAAGAGUUAUCAAAAGUUAAAGAACAAUACAGAGAUGUUAGUGGUGGUGUUACUGAACGAACAAGAGUUCUCAAUAAAUUGGUAGAAGAGUUAGAACAUGUAAAGAAAGAAAUGGAUGAAAGAGGAUCUAGCAUGACUGAUGGAACGCCGCUUAUUAAUAUUAAGAAGACAAUUACAAAAAUGAAGAAUGAAAUUUCUGAAAUGAAUAUUCGAAUCGGUGUAUUAGAAUAUAGUUUAAUGUGCGCAAGAAUACGAGAUCGAACGCAAUUGCGAGAAGAUAUGAAUAACACAAAUACCCCAGUAAUAAUGUAAGCAACAUGUCACUUUUUAGAGUUAGACUUAUUGUAAUUGCAUACAUUUAAUCUAUCCAAAAAUGUGAUAUCAUGUAUGUGAAUUCUAUAUCUUGGAUAUAUAUCUUGUUUAACAUGGGUCCAAUUGUGCAGUAAAAACUUUGUAUAUUUCUACGUAGCACUUGUAAACAGAUAUAAUUAAAAAGUGACUGUUUUAAUUA